AUGGCUUGCAGACUUCAGAGUUGUUGUUUCUGAAAUCCACUGUUUCAUAGUUUUGCUCUAAAUUCUAAUGGCGAGCUUUGAGAUCGAACAUGCUUAUGCAACCAUUCUGUUUACACUCUUCUACCUCCAAUUUCUGUCGCUCCCCAUUGCUGGGGACUCGCCGCCGGCUUACAUACCCACCGAUGAUAUAGCCCUUGAUUGUGGUUCUUAUGGAGCCUCAAUUGUGUACGGGGGAAACGGUCGCCCCUGGGCCAAUGAUUUCACCACCAAAUUCUUCCCUUCUAAUUACCAUCACAACUCCAAGUCCGUGAGUGUGGCGGCGGAAGAAAAACAAUUUCCUUCCGCCAUUGAGGUYCCUUACAUAAAUGCGCGGUUGUCACGCUUCCAAUUCACCUACUUAAUUACGGUUAGUCCCGGCCAGAAGUUCGUUCGCCUUCACUUCAACUCUGCUCCUUUCUCUAACUUCCAACCCCACAAGGCCGUCUUCUCCGUCACAGCUGGUCUCUACACUCUCCUUCGUGAUUUCAAUGUUGAUGUCCACGCUGAUGCUUCUGGUGCAACCGAAUUUUUUCGAGAAUAUUGUGUGUAUGUUGAUGAAAAGGGAGUACUCGAUCUUACGUUCACUCCUACAGAUCAGGACUCGUAUGCUUUUAUCAGUGGGAUUGAGAUUGUAUCCAUGCCAACUAAUCUUUAUUAUACCCCGCCGGAGCCGGAGCCUAACGAUGAAGGCGGUCGGGGAUUGAAGCUAAUUGGCCACAAUAAUCAGUUUUUCCCUAUUGAAAAUUACACGUCUCUCGAGACGGUAUACAGGAUGAAUAUCGGUGGAAGAGCCAUUGCCCCCGAAGAAGACACUGGAAUGUUCCGAACCUGGUCAGAGGAAAGUAAUUUGUUGGAUGCCUACAUAUACAAUGCUCAACCUUUUAGUUUAUCUAUGCACAUUAAUUACACUAAAACACCGCCAUACACAGCACCAGAAGAUCUCUAUCGUACUGCUCGAUCAAUGGGACCAAAUAGUACGCUUAAUAAGAGCUACAACCUCACGUGGGAGUACCCUGUACAUCCUGGAUUCUUUUACAUGCUUCGCCUUCAUUUCUGCGAGUUUGAGCCUGAAAUCACCGACAGAAAUGAUAGAGUGUUUCUGAUUUACAUUGGAGACAUGAUCGCCGAGCAAUCUGCCGAUGUGUUUCGUUGGGCCGGGGGGAAAUAUAAUCCAAUUCAUAGAGAUUAUGUUGUGAACGUGCCUAUUAGCAAACACGAAAACAGAGUGAAUCUCUCUGUUAAGCUCCAAGCAAACCCAAAGGACUUUCUGACUAGAUUUACCAACGUCAUCAUGAAUGGUAUUGAGAUCUUCAAAUUAAACGACUCCAGUGGCAACCUCGCCGGUCAAAACCCAGAUAUACAUCUCAAUACCCCCACCCAAUCUCUUCCACCAUCGAUUUCACAAUCAAAAAAUUCAAAGAGUAAAGCAGUGAUUAUUAUAGUACCCACUGUGGGCGGAGGUGUGGUAGCCUUGUUAGCUCUGAGCGUGUUUGUAUUUCGGACAUUUACGAACAAGAGCUCAAGUGAUGGAACUUCCAAGAGGGCUUUGUAUUCCAUUUCGACGAACAAGUCAAGCAAGAGCUGCAGCACCAAUAUUCCAUCUGAUACAUGUCAUUACUUUUCACUGCGACAGAUCAAAGCCGCCACAAAAGAUUUCGCAGACGCUUUGAUCAUUGGCGUCGGAGGUUUCGGUAACGUGUACAAAGGGUACAUAGGCAACGCAGCCACCCAAGUGGCGAUCAAACGAUUGAAACCAGGUUCAAGACAAGGAGAGAAGGAGUUCAAAACAGAGAUAGAGAUGCUGUCUCAACUUCGCCACGUGCAUCUCGUCUCGCUAAUCGGGUACUGCAACGACGGCAUCGAAAUGAUUCUAGUCUAUGAUUACAUGUCCCGUGGCACCCUCAAGAAUCACCUCUAUGGCGAUGGUGAUGAACAACAACAACCUCUGACGUGGGAGCAACGCCUCCAGAUUUGCAUUGGAGUGGCAAAAGGGCUACACUACCUUCACACCGGCGUCAAACACACCAUCAUCCACCGUGACAUCAAAAGUACAAAUAUUUUACUGGAUGAGAAAUGGGUGGCGAAGGUUUCAGAUUUUGGAUUAUCAAAAGCCAGGCUAGAGAGCACGUCUAAAGCUCAUGUUAGCACGGUGGUGAAAGGUAGCUUUGGUUAUCUAGACCCAGAAUAUUACCGACUCCAGAAAUUGACUGAAAAGUCUGACGUGUAUUCAUUUGGAGUGGUUCUAUGUGAAGUACUCUGUGCUCGUCCAGCACUGAUUCACACAGAAGACGAAACGUCACUCUUGUUAGCUGAAUUGGUUCGACGAUGCUACCGUGAGAAGACGGUUGAUCAGAUCAUUGAUUCGAAUAUCAAGAACGAAAUUGCACCGGAAUGCUUUAGAAAAUUCAUCCAAAUCACGGUGAGUUGCAUCCAAGAUAAUGGAAACAAACGGCCCUCGAUGAAAGAUGUAUUGCAGGGCCUGGAGUUUGCAUCCCAACUUCAAGAGAGUUCCAAGAAGUUGGGAAUUGUUGAGCUAAUUUGCCUGGAAAAUUAUGAUGGCUUGCUCUUUGAGGAGGGGAUUUCAAGUAACAAGACUGAAGUGGUGACAAGCAGCAAUGAGAGUUCAAGUAUUUCGCAUAAUAAAGGGAUGUCAGGAGCUGUUUUCUCUGAAAUCAAAGAUCUACAAGCAAGAUGAAUGGAUAACUUUUCAAUAAUAAUCUUGGAAACUUUUAUAUCUCAA